GGCCGCCCCUCCGCCACCCUGCCUUUGUGCCUGCCGAGGGGCAGAGGAGGAGCUUGCGGAAAGUUUUGGGCUAAAAACCCACCUUUUUGCUGCCAGCCGAGCCCGACGUCAGGGGCCGCUGUGCGCCGCGCGGGGCUCCGCACGCGGCCGCCACACAAAGGCAGCAGCUCCGCUCGGCUCCCUCCGCUCCCAGGCAGGAUGCAGGCUCGGAGCCUCCUCCUCCUCCUGGCGCUGAUCCUGGUGGCUGCUGCCGCCGAGGCUGGCAAGAACAAGAAAGAAAAGACAAAGAAGGAUGGCUCCAAGUGUGAGGACUGGCGUUGGGGACCCUGUGUUCCAAACAGUAAGGACUGUGGCCUGGGCUACCGCGAGGGAACCUGCAAAGAUGAGAGUAGGAAGCUCAAGUGCAAGAUCCCCUGCAACUGGAAGAAGAAAUUUGGAGCUGACUGCAAGUACAAGUUUGAGAGCUGGGGAGGCUGUAGUGCUCAGACAGGCCUCAAGACUCGCUCCGGCAUCCUGAAGAAAGCCUUGUACAAUGCCCAGUGUGAGGAGACUGUCUCUGUGACCAAGCCCUGCGCCUCCAAGAUCAAGUCAAAGUCCAAAGCAAAGAAGGGCAAGGGGAAGGACUAGAGCAGGCAGCCAGCGUCGUCAGCAGCCCCUCAACAUGGUGCCUACAGGACUGGAUGUCCAGCUGCAGCUGGCCCACACUACAGUCUUCCUCCUCGUCUCCUUACUCCUUUCCAUGACCUCCUCUUUCACUGAGAUGCCUUGUUUUACUAAUUAGUGUUGUAGAGAGCAAACCCACCCACCCUGCAGGAGAGGCUGCCUCCUUUCUUGCUGUCCCAUGGGCACUGCUAGUGCAUCCUGCUCACCUCCUCUCAGCUGGUGUUGGGGUUCACUGGGAUGUGCUCGGAGAGCUGGGAUGGAGCACACAUUUUUCCACCCUCCAGCACAAAUUACUUGCCUUUGGCACAUCCUUUUGCAAGCCCAGGAGCCGCCUUGCUCCUCCAGCAGGUACUGGUGCCAGAGGGAAGGGCUGGGUGGUGAAUGCCCAAGUAACCACAUCACUCAAGCUUCUCACUCAAAAACUGCUCUCACCUCAGGGCUUUAUUCCAGCAUCCCUUUGGCUGGGGCAUGACUUACCUGUAGCAGCUGAGGAAAACACAGCCAUCACCCUGAGAAGCAACUGUGUCUCCUCUCUGUCACUUCUAACCAUGUGUGUCCAUGCUGGGCCUGCAGCCCCUCUGCCUUUGCCAUGCCAACACCACUGCUGGGUGGGAUCUCUCCCUCCUUUUGGAUUUUUUUUUUUUUC